GAGCCAAUGAUGUCGAACGGGCGCGGUUUGCUGUCGGAGCAGGUCUGACUUCCAACCAAAGGAAAUCGCGCCUGUGAAAGCAGAGGUGGAGAGGGACCGAGAGCAGAGAGGAAGAGGAAAGUUGGGCUGCUCGAGAUCUCCCGGAUUUCCACCUGACUGCUCGGGAAGCGAGAUACUGGGACAGGCAAAAUGUUGAGUUUGGGGAGCGUAGGAGCGAAAUCUACUAAACCGUCAUUCGUGUCUUAUGUUACACCUGAGGAAAUAAAACUAGAGAAAGAACCACCAAAGAAAGAGAUCCAUCCUGAUUUGCUGCCAGGUGAAGUGGAGUUCUGUAGCGCCAACCCCAUUCUCAAAUACACUCAAGAUGACCUGUCCCAGCGUGGCAUCUUUGGCACAUUGUUCUGCACCAAUUUUCGCAUUACAUUCAUUAGUGAUGAGAUAUCACAGGAGGAGACGACCAAGACCUUCCAGAACAAACUCUAUGGAGAAAAUGACAUUCCAUUAAUGUGCGUGGAUCACAUCUAUGGUGUUUAUGAUGAAAAGAGAAAACUGAUAACAGGAGGCCUGGUGAAGAACAAAUAUCCGUCCAAAAUGAUCAUUCACUGUAAAGACCUACGAGUCUUUCAGUUCUGUCUAACAUACACCAAGGAGGAAGAUGCCAAAAGGAUCUUUCAUGGUAUCGUUCACCAUUGUUUGGAGGAGAAAUCUCUGAAGUGUGUCUUUGCUUUUUCCUAUACAUGGACACCAAGCCCAGAAAUGCAGAGGAAACAGGAGACAAUUCUGUUUGACUCACCAGAGGACUGGACUCAGGAAAUGAAACGGACAAAAGCGAACUGUCGACUAGUCACUGAAAACGAGAACUUUGAUCUCUCUCAGAGAUUACCGAAGUACUUUGUCAUCCCAUCAGCACUAGGGGAUUUAUUCAGUUACCAAGGAAAGGGCUUUCCAAUUUGGUGUUGGUCUCAUCACAGCGGUUGUGCUCUCUUCAAAGCGUCCUUACCGUCUGUGACGCAGGAAGAUGGGGAUAUCCAAAAGCACGUUGACAUAAUGAUAAAUGCAGUUGCACAUAAUUACCUUUACUCCGCAAAAACAGAGGACCUCUCAGAAUCACUUCCUACUAUCCAAGACAUCCAGCAAUCAUAUAACAAGUUCAAACAAUUCUUUCUUAUCGAAAAUUCAACCGAUUUUUGGUUGUCUGACAUGAAGUGGUUCUCUUCCCUUGAAAGUUCGGGAUGGCUAGACAUUAUUAGACAAUGCCUCCAAAAAGCAGUAGAGGUGGUUGAAUGUCUUGAAAAGGAAAACACAAAUGUUCUUAUAACAGAGGAAGAGGGAACCGAUCUGUGCUGUGUGAUCUCCAGCCUGGUUCAGAUAAUGCUGGACCCUUAUUACAGAACACUGAUGGGUUUCCAGAGUCUGGUGCAGAAGGAGUGGGUGGCUGGAUGCCAUGCCUUCCUGGAUCGAUGUAAUCACCUUCAUCAAAAAGACAAGGAGUGUCAUUCUCCAGUCUUCCUCCUGUUCCUGGAGUGUGUGUGGCAGCUUGUUCAGCAGCACAGCCCGGCCUUCCAGUUCUCCGAGACUUAUCUGACUGUGCUGUCCGACAGUGUUCAUGUGCCGGUCUUUAGCACCUUUCUGUUCAACUCUCCCCAUCACAGAGAAAGUGUUAUGAAGGCAGAGUCACCGCUUGCACAAAGCAGCCAAUUGAGCUGCCCAACAGUGUGGGACUGGUCUGUGCAGUUUGACAGCAAGGCCCAGAAUUUCUUCUUUAACCCCCUGUAUUCAGAAAAGGUGAAAAAUGAGAGAGCUGUACGCAAACCUCACAAGCUCAAGCACCAAAGACAGUUAUCCUUACCCAGCACAGCUUUCAAAACCCCGUUCAAGAAAGGUUUCUUUAAGGACGAGACGGAAAGCCUUAAAAAGAUGCUACGAGUGAAGCGUCUCAGUCGCUGGAUGGGCUCUCCUGACUCCACCGCUGCCAUCAGCCGAGAGUUCUACGAAUCCUGGCAACAGCGUCCUCUGGACUAUCACGGCCUCCUGCUCCCCUGUCUGGACGGCCCGGCUGUCCGCGUCUGGAUGCAGCGCUACCUGCGCUGGAUACCUGAGGUGCACAUUCUGGGCGGAGGCUCCAUGGCCGUCAUUACCAAGAUUAUGGAACUUCUGAGUCAGGUGCAGGAUCUGAAGCGUGUGCUGGAGCAAAGAGACUCAUCACAAGCUGCUAAACUCGAUCACCGUCCAUACAUUCAGCACCGGCUGCUGUCGUUCGGCUCCUCGGGGCGAUUGUCAUCCUCAUUCCCCUUCUCUUACAGCCGCAACCUAUCUUUCAAGCCCAACAUACCUACAGGUCUGAUGCAGUGCCUUAUGGUAACUGACAGUCUAGCCAGUCAGGAAGAUGAGGCCAGUUCAUUUGUGAGUCUGGUUUAACAGAGAACAUUUUAUCACCCAUAUGUUAAUAUUCGUCCAUAUAUUAUUAAACAAUAAUAUUAUGAGGUAAAUACAGGAUCAUAGUGGCCUUUUCAGAUUCAAAUUAGGUGCUGAAAGUGCCUUUUGAGCUAAAGCGGGUCCUUUUGGAAAGUAAAACAGGUUUUUGUCAAACCACAUGUGCCCUGCUGUAUCAAAAACUAAAUAUGAGCCUUCGGGCAGAAUGUAAGCUCUUUUAUUUUUGAUGUUCCUAAUGGAACAGUACCUGGAGUUGUUCUCUUGCUCAUCACGGAACACCAAACCCUGAGCUUCCAGCCUUUCUACAGUGCAGUGUUACAUAAAAUCAACACCAAGUAACAUUCCAUACAGUAUUCCAUUCCAGUGGUCUAUGGAUAGAUGAGCUUAUCCUGAAUAAUAGCGACCAUUAUAAAGAGUUCGAAACACAUCUGACUUCCACAUUUCUCUGACUCCUCACAUGUUAUAGCUCCUGAUGUGGAGCCAUCUACAGGUAUAUUAUUGUUACUGCUGAAUUUAAAAUGUAUUGAGAAUUAUACUGUACUUAUUGUGGUCUGAUUACUGUGACUUGGCAUUUCUUUCCCGCAGAUGCCAAGUCAACCUUCGGGUAUAUCUUUUUUUUUUUUCGCGUCUAAGAAAAUGUAAGACAACAGGAAGUAUGGAACAAUACAUGAGAUCAGCUGUCUCUGAGUUUAAAUGCUCUGUUGUGUAAUGUACACAAUUUUGGGCUCUUAGUUGUCAAGUGAUAGGCUGGCUGUUAUUUUAGAAGUACAUUAUGAGACAACAACAAUAAAUAAAUUUUUUUUUGAUAAUAAUAGUAAACAAAACAAAAAACCCCCACAAAGCUGAUUAUCUGGGGGAAGAAUUGUUUUCUCAUAAUCUGAAGCAAGAUUCAGCUGCCAAAUUAAUUAUAUAUAUAGUUGUAGACUGCAAGCCUUUGCAAAUAUAAUUAUUUAAACAUAAGCUAAUGUAAUUCUGUAUCUGCAUUUGUGCACAUUUCCUUUGCAGUACUACUGCCACAAAUCAACAGGCACUUUGUUAAAAAAAUGUUCAAAUUGCAUCUGAAAUGUGAUUAAGCUUAUUUCAGCUGAAAGCACUGAAGCACUGAGCUGUUAUUUGCUGGUAAAUGCGUGGAGAGAGCAGCAUUUUGUUUUGGUUUUCACCUUCUCCUCCUAUGUUUUGCACUACUGCUCCUUGCCAGUCAAUCACUGUUACCCGAGUCGGCUGUAAAUCUGAUUCUGUUCACUUCAGUUCUGUACUUCUCUUGUGUAAAACAAGGGAUUUCAAGCUGGAUUUGAAACUUAUAACUGUAUAAUUGUUUUGUAUUUUUCUAUAAUUAACUUCAGUGUUCAUAAUAUCAGAGUUUGGCCUUGAAAUAUGUCAAAUUGCUUUAUUUUGGACCAUUGGCUUCAAAGUGAUAAUUUUCAUGUAAAAGUAGCAUUAAAUACUUUUAUAUAUGCACUCGAGAAAUGUCACUCUUUUUUCCGCAGAAUGUGAUUGAAAUAAAACGCUAGAUCAAUGC